UUGCUGUUUGGCUCGCAGUAUAAAAGGUUGGGACGCAGAUUCGUCAAGGAUCAGAUGCUCGCCACUCGUGAAUUGGAUAAUAAGACUCUCCGGAUAUAAGUGCCGCUAGAAACAAACAUAAAAAAAAAAUGAUUUUGCCAGUGACUCUGAUGUGCGCCAUCACGGCAGCGACGUCGACAUCUAUGGACGCUCUUCCUGCUCAGUUUGCCCAACCCGACAGCGAAUCGUUGAAUUUUUCCGAAGCUCGUAUGCUUUGGUCCAAUUGCCGGGGAAAGAGGCUAGAUACCCUCACUCUCUAUAAACACAUAACGCCUCGUGAAUGCGUCGAAAUGGGAGGCGAUUGCUGUGCAACUAACGCGGAUGGAAUUGGAAACGGAAGCGAUGACCCGAGGACCAUGUCAUCUGACAAAUGCUACGGUUGCUAUAACAGCACAAUUAAAGUCAAAUGCACGGGAAAACUUGUGCGGAGUCAAAGCGGCUUUUUCCAAGAUUGGUGGGUGAAUUCUAAAAAUUGCAUCAAAGCAGGAGGAUUAUGCUGUGACGGUACUAAAACAUCCGACAAUCCAGCCAUCUUCGAUCCGAACGACUACCCAAACGCGGAUUUCUGUCUAAAUUGCUAUUCUGGCUCGGUACGAAAUACGACAGAGAUGGACGGCAUCUGGGAGAAGGUGGUGACAUCCUGUUCUGGCCAGCUGAUAGCCAACAACGACUACAAGGCUAACACGUGCAUGCGUUUUGGUGGCAGUUGUUGUGACGAUGACACAUCAACGAAUUCCAAUUUUGGUGGCAAUGCCUUCAGGGCUUCUACGUUCCCAGAUUCCAGGUGCAACAGCUGCUUUACUGGCGAGCCAAAAGAAAUCGGUGCACCCCUGCGAAAAUAAGAAAGAGGAAAAAUUUAUUUAAAAAACAGCAAUAACAAAACGCAGAUUCACGACAACCUUAAAAAU